AUGCAGGAGGGACAAGAUACACCUCUGGGGACUCUGCAACCACAGACACGAUGCUUACGAUGCGGGGACACGCUGGAGUGGUCAGAGGAACACGGUGUCCUGCUGGGCUGUUCCUGCUGCUCUACAGUAGAUGAGACUCUGGAGAAUGUAGCCAGGGGACUAGCCAGCAGAAUGAAGAAAGAGAAAAGCCACUGGGCAGCUGGCAGAGUUGGUGACAUUGACUUUCUUGGUCCAACUAAAACAAGAGGAAAGUUUGUGAGGGUGUGCAGCAACACAGACCCAGUUCUGAUCUACCAGAUGCUGACAGAAGAGUGGGGCCUUUCUCCUCCACACCUGGUGGUAGCUCUAGUGGGAGGAGAUGAGCUGGCGCAGAUGAAGCCCUGGCUUAGGGACACACUGAGAAAAGGACUUGUGAAGGCUGCACAAAGCACAGGGGCAUGGAUUUUGACUAAUGGCCUUCGCUUUGGCAUCACCAAGCACUUAGGCCAGGCGGUGCGAGAUCACUCCUUGGCCAGCACCUCUUCUAAAGUUCGUGUAGUGGCCAUUGGCAUUGCUCCCUGGAACAUGAUCCACAACCGAGAGGCACUGCUCACAGCCAAGGCUGAUGAGCCUGCAGUGUACAAGCCACAGGACUUGCCCCAUGGAUCUGUAUAUUCCCUGGAUAGUCACCACUCUCACUUUGUUCUGGUCGAGGAAGAUCCCAACAGGCCAGGAGCCACCAGUGAAAUGAGGGUUAAGCUGCUCAAGCACAUUUCUCUUCAGCGCACAGGUUAUGGAGGUGCAGGAAGUUUUGAGAUCCCUGUUCUGUGUCUCCUGGUCCAUGGGGAACCCAGGAUCCUAAAAAGAAUGUAUAAAGGCAUUGGCAAUUCGACACCAUGGCUGAUCCUGGCAGGCUCUGGAGGUGUGGCUGACAUCCUUGUCACACUGAUGAAUAGGGGCUGCUGGGAUACGGACAGUGUUCAUGAGCUGCUGCUGGACACCUUUCCAAAUGCCCACCACAGCACAGACAUCAGUAACUGGGUCAAGCUGAUUCAGAAGAUACUUGAGCAUGAGUAUCUUCUUACGGUCCAUGACCCGGAACAGGAGAGCUCCGAGCUGGAUACGGUCAUUCUCAAAGCUCUAGUCAAGGCUUGCAAGAGCCAAAGUCAAGAAGCCCAGGACUUCCUGGAUGAACUGAAGCUGGCAGUGGCCUGGAACAGGGUGGACAUUGCUAAGAGUGACAUUUUUAAUGGAGAUGUGGAGUGGAAGGCUUGCGACCUUGAAGAGGUGAUGAUGGAUGCUCUGAUCAAUGACAAACCAGACUUUGUGCGACUUUUUGUGGACAACGGCGUGAACCUGGGAGAGUUUCUUACCUACGGUCGUCUGCAGGAGCUUUACUGGUCUGUGUCAGAGAAGAGCCUCUUUCACAACCUGCUCCUCAAAAAGUAUGAGGAGAAGCAGCUUCUGCUUGGAGCUGCCAGGACACAUGGUCCACCUGUGCACCAUCCUUCUGAGCAAGGAGACCGGAAACCCCGCUUCACACUCUUUGAGGUCGCCAAAGUGCUGAAGGACUUUCUCCAUGACUCUUGUAAAGGCUUUUACCAGAAGACUCCCACAGAGAAGCCUGCAAAGGGUCGACUGUUCCACAGCCAGAAGAAUCUGGCUGAGUUAGAGGAGCGCUGCGAGCAUCCUUGGCGAGAUCUUUUCCUCUGGGCCGUCCUUCAGAACCGGCAGCAGAUGGCUAACUACUUUUGGGCCAUGGGCCCUGAGGCGGUUGCGGCAGCCCUGGCGGGUUGCAAGAUUCUGAAAGAGAUGGCACGACUGGAAUCUGAGGCUGAGUCUGCACGCAGCAUGAAGGAGGCCAAGUAUGAGCAGUUUGCCCUUGAUGUCUUUGGAGAGUGUUACUCCAACAGUGAAGACAGGGCUUAUGCUUUGUUAGUGAGGAGAACAAACUGCUGGAGCAAAUCUACAGUUCUUAACUUGGCAACUGAGGCAGAUGCCAAAUCCUUCUUUGCCCACGAUGGAGUUCAGGCUCUCCUCACAAAGAUCUGGUGGGGGUCUAUGACAACAGACACAGCCAUCUCCAAACUCGUGGUGUCUUUCUUCUGUCCACCGCUCAUAUGGACCAACCUCAUAAAGUUCAGUGAUGAGGAACUUGACAAUCGUAAUGCUGGCAAUCAGUUUGUGGAGCUGGACAGUCUGGACACUGAAAAGGCUUUACUUCUAAGCGAUGAUGAUGACCAUCUGAACUCUUCACCUGGAGGUCAAACAGAUCAGAGCUGUGCCUCUGUCUGGUGGCGUUUCUUACUGCGCCGCUGGCGUCGCUUCUGGAGCGCUCCUGUCACAGUGUUCCUUGGCAAUGUCAUCAUGUAUUUCGCCUUCCUCUGCCUCUUCACUUAUGUGCUCCUGCUAGACUUCCGUCCGCCGCUACCCCUUGGCCCUGGAGCACCAGAGAUUAUGCUCUACUUCUGGGUCUUCACCUUGGUGCUGGAGGAACUUCGACAGAGCUUCUUCACUGAUGAAGAGAUCAGCAUCUUGAAGAAGUUUAAGCUCUACGUAGAGGACAACUGGAACAAGUGUGACAUGGUUGCCAUCUCGCUCUUUGUUGUUGGGGUCUCGUGCAGGAUGGUGAAUGACACCUACGAGGCAGGGAGGACAGUUCUGGCGAUUGAUUUCAUGGUGUUUACUCUACGUCUCAUCCACAUCUUUGCCAUUCAUAAGCAGCUGGGACCCAAGAUCAUCAUUGUGGAAAGAAUGAUGAAGGAUGUUUUCUUUUUCCUGUUUUUCUUGAGUGUGUGGCUCAUUGCGUACGGAGUUGCCACCCAGGCUCUUCUCCACCCCAAUGACCCGAGGAUUGACUGGGUGUUUCGCAGAGCUUUGUACCGUCCCUACCUGCACAUUUUCGGCCAGAUUCCAUUGGAGGAAAUAGACGCUGCUCGCAUGCCUGAAAUGAACUGCACCAAUGACUCAGAUGAGAUUAUCAUGGGCCUACGGCCACCAUGUCCCAACGUCUAUGCCAACUGGCUGGUCAUUCUGCUGCUGGUUAUCUUCCUUCUUGUCACCAAUGUCCUGCUGCUGAACCUCCUCAUCGCCAUGUUCAGUUACACAUUCCAGGUAGUGCAGGGCAACACAGACAUCUUCUGGAAGUUUCAAAGAUAUAACCUGAUCGUGGAAUACCACAGCCGCCCAGCGCUGGCCCCUCCCUUCAUCAUCAUCAGUCACCUCUCGCAGCUCUUCCUCAGCCUGAUUAAACGGCCUGAGUCCAAGCAGGAACAUCUCGAGAGGGAGCUGCCGGCGGAACUCGACCAGAGGCUGAUAACGUGGGAGACGGUGCAGAAAGAGAAUUACCUGGCUAAACUGGAGCGUCAGCACUGGGAGAGCAGCGAGGAGAAACUAAAGAGCACCUCCUCAAAGGUUCAGAGCCUGCUAAAGAUUGUUGGUGGUUUUAAGGACCAAGAGAAACGCCUGGCAUCCAUGGAAAGUCAGGUCAGAUAUUGUGGGGAGGUGCUGUCCUGGAUGGCUGAGUGCUUUGCUCAGAGCACACUCAAAUGUGGGAAGGAAGCUCCAAAAGUUCCAACUUCUCUCACAGGGGGCAAGACAGACAGCGCCACAGAUGCACCUCAAAAUCAACCAGUGAAAGAAGCCAAGCAAGAAGAAAAAACAAAGCCAGGUCAUCCAGGAUACGGAGCCAACAAAAAAUUUCCUUACAUUGACGAAUAAAAGUGAUCAUGGUAACUGGUACUGUAGCAUGCAAACAGCUAAUAAUGACCCUAUAAGAAAUUAAGAAUAUUUUAAAAUACAAAAAGGGGAAAGUGGACAUUAAGUGAGAAAAUUGUGCUUUAUUCAUCAAAUAUUGGAAUCCUUUAGAAUAUCACAAUAAAUGUCAACUGCAUUGAUUUUGUUUAGGAGAACAAUGUAUAAAUGUAUGCCUGCUUUCAAUAGAAAUAAAUCACAACAUAAUCAAUUAUUACCAUAUCAUAGAUUGAUUCUGUAAAUUGUGUCAUAAUCAAUUCAGUGCCACAGACAGGAAAAACAAAUCAAAACAGCAUAUAUUAAAUACUAAACUUGUAAGAGGCAGCACAUUCCUUUAAAGACACCGAGACAUGAUGCUGGAUUUAUGCACAGACAUACAUUUUUUUAAGACGAUAACAUUAGGCAGGAGCUUGAAUAAGGACCACUUUAAAUAUCCAUCCAUCAUUUUUGCUGAUUACACUGUAGUGAAGCCUUAAAGUCAGUAUGGGCAGAAGCAGUGAAGCAUGAAACUCUGAAUUUGGAAUGGACAAUAAGUUUUGCUCAUUUUGUUCCACACAAUGACCUUUCUCACAAAAUACCCUGUGGAGGUUUUGUGUUACUGCUGCGUUUCUCAUCAAAAUACUCUGUGUGAGAUCCUGACGUCCCACAUAUGUGGCAAAUGCAUCACUUUCUUCAUAUAAAAUAUGUGAAAGAGACUUUUGAAUGUUGCCACCCCCAAAUGUCCUUUGUCCUACAGUGAAACAAAGAGAAACCAGCUGUUCUUGAUGUAAACGUUGAGGCUUAGUUCCUUGUUUGAAAUGCUCUUUUACCUUUUGUGGUUCCCUUUCUCUUUUGCAUCUAUUCCAAGAUAAAUAGCACCUCCAGUGUUUCCAAUAAAUGCUGUUUACCUAG